AUGGGAUUCCAGAGAUCAUCAACACCUGAUAAGCAAAAGUGGUGUUUUCUCCUACGCAAAGUUGUCACAUAUUUUCCAACGGCAGUAAUCAGCGGCAGGAGUAGAGAUAAGGUAAAAGGAUUUGUACAGUUAAGUAAUAUAUAUUAUGCCGGCAGCCAUGGGAUGGACAUUAUGGUCCCCAAGUCCUCAGAAUUGGAUGAGAGUGACAUGCUCUUUCAACCUGCCAAAAUAUUCCUGCCUGCAAUUCAGGAGAUGCGUAUAGUGUUAGAGGAAAUAGUAAGACAGAUAGAAGGUGCGAGAGUAGAAGACAAUAGAUUCUGCAUUAGUGUACAUUACCGGAAUAUAGCCCGGGAAGAGGAUUAUGUGAUAUUAGAAGAAAAGGUGAAGUCUGUGAUUGAACACUUCCCUGAGUUUCACCUUACUCGGGGUAAAAAGGUCCUGGAGAUACGACCAUCCAUAGAAUGGAACAAAGGUCAUGCGCUUGAAUAUUUACUCGACACUCUCGGAUUCAGUGAUUCCGGUGACGACGUAUUCCCAUUGUACAUAGGAGAUGAUCGAACAGAUGAAGAUGCAUUCAAGGUGAUAGAAACCAGAGGACAGGGAUUUCCAAUAAUUGUUUCCUCCACCCCAAAGGACACCAAAGCUACUUAUUCUCUGCACGACCCUUCGGAAGUGUUGACUUUCUUGUUACGCCUUGCAAGGUGGAGAAAAGCCUCGUCUUAA